UCAAGCAUUGUCUACGUAGAAUGUUUGUGGCAUAUCUUCUGAUAAAGAGCUACUUUCAGCUUGACCAUGGAUAUUGCCCUCAUUCUCGGCGUCAUCUUCACAAGUUUGUGUUUUGUUUUGACCCUAUGGACCAUCCGUAGACUUAGAAUACACCAAACUUUAAAAAAAUGUGGAGUACCCGGACCGAAACCUGAUUUCUUUGCUGGGAAUAUGUAUCACCUAAAAAAGAAACCAAAUCCGAGUGACAUCAUUGGUGAAUGGCUCCAAAAAUACGGUGAUGUAUUUGGAUAUUAUUUGGGAGAGGAUCUUUAUGUGGUGAUCAAAGAUUUGGAAAUGUUAAAAAGAAUUUUUUUCAAAGAUUUCAAUAUAUUUCCUAAUAAACCGAAGUUCCUUAUGGAAACUGAUCCAUUUCCUAAAAUGCUGGUUGGUCUUCGAGAUAAAAGAUGGAAGGAAGUUCGAAAUAUUGUCACACCAGCAUUCUCUUCGGCAAAGAUUAAACUAAUGACAGAGGUAGUCUCUAAGAAGGUGAAUCUAACGGUUGAUUUAAUACGGGAUAAAGCUAAAAAUAACGAAAUAUUCGAUAUUCAUACCAUGAUGCAAGCCUUAACAUUGGACGUAAUAGCAGCAUGUGCACUCGCUAUGAAGAAAAGCAUUCAAGAAAAUCCGAAAGAUGACCUACUUCAAGCAGUGAAGGACACCUUUAUAUAUCAGUUCAACCCUGUAGAAGAAAUAAGUACACUUUUCCCCUUCCUCUCAAAAAUAUUGCAUUCUUUCGACGAUAUGUUCAUCUUUAAAAGAUCGCUGAACACUAUAGGAAAUCACUUAAAGUGUGUUAUAAAGGAGAGACGUAAAAACCCAAAUCUAAGGAGCCAUGACAUUUUGCAGUCUUUGCUGGAUAAUUGUGAUGCCGAUUCAAAAGGGAGUAAAACGAAGCUGACAGAAGAUGAAGCAAUAGCUGCAGCUUGUAACGUGCUCUUAGCAGGUUAUAACACUACAUCCAACUCAUUGGGCUUCACAUUCUACUUAUUAGCGAAACACCCAAAAAUACAAAACCGUCUAUAUGAAGAAAUUCAACAAGCUAAAGAUAGUACAUUUUCUACAUUACAGAGUUUGACCUAUUUGGACCAAGUUUUUAGUGAGUCUCUCCGUCUGUAUCCACCAAUAACAGGGUUCAUAUCAAGAACUUGCAAUAAAGAUUACAAAAUUGGGUCUUAUACUAUACCGAAUGGGGCGAAUGUCUUAGCUCCUGUUUGGAAUAUUCACCGAGACCCAAAUUUAUGGCAAGAUCCUUCAAAGUUUGAUCCUGAUCGCUUCUCUCCAAUAAACAAGGGAUCCAUUCCAAACAUGGCCUAUUUUCCUUUUGGAGCAGGUCCAAGAAAUUGCGCUGGGGAACGGUUUGCGCUGUUAGAAGCAAAGAUGGCAAUAUUCAAAAUAGUUAAAAACUUUGAAUUGAAGACUUGUGUAAAAACCGAAGACUCUGUUACAGCUGUGUGUCAUGUAUAUACCUUAUUUCCAGGAAAUGGUGUUUGGUUAAAGGCGGUCCCUCGAUAAACUGGUUUAAACGUAUCAUGCUUUAUGUAUAUGUACA